UCGCUAGUGAUUUUCCCCUCAUACGGUACGAAUCAGUGUUACCGGGUGUGCGAUCACGAGCGCACGAAAAACAAAGACGGUGAAAAUAUUUGUUCUGCAUAAAGAAGAGAGAAAAGAAAAGUAUAUGUGCGCACGCUUAAGAACGAAGAAGACAGAGCGAGACGAGAGAGCGCAAAGGAAGGGAGAAAAGAGGCGUGCAGUAAGACAGGACGUAGAACGGCCGCCGCCGUUGUGUUUGGGCUCGGCUCGGUUGUGCCGCUUCCGUUAUGACGAUACGAUCCAGCGCUUGGCGCUGCGACCGGGCAAUAAGUUGUUUGUGAUUAUGCGUAACUGACGUGAUUCUGUUUUAUGAAGAACCCAGAAGAAACGUGAUGGAGGUGGUUCACAUCGUUUUCCAAUUUGAUUGGUAAACUGAUUCGUUCGUUGAUCGUUAAAGAGUUACCCGUACGCCAUGUGCUAUUGCCACGCGUGUUUCCUCUCUCUUUGGACUAUUCUCGGUUAAAUUUCCAGAAAAAUAUCGCUGGAUCGUUUUAACAAGAAUUACCACUUGUGAUCUUAGUGUUUCGUGUUAGUGUAAGCGUGGGAAGAUACUUUUUUCUCGUUCAACACCUCUGCAUUUUUGGGCCCCGUUUGUACCGAGGGCCAGAACGAGAACAAUAACGGGAGACGUAGGAUAAAAGGAUAGACGGCGGAUUCAGCGAGCCUCGAGUACGAGAGAUAACGCGAGGAGCGCAAGUGGUGUAUCAAGAUGGCGCAUAAUUUGGCACCGAGCGUCAACUGUUCGCUCGACGACAUUGAUCUAAACGCUUUGAAGGAACCUGCAGGUAUCUUUGAGCUAAUUGAAGUGGUCGGCAAUGGAACAUACGGUCAAGUUUAUAAAGGUCGACAUACCAAGACCGGUCAGUUGGCAGCCAUUAAAGUUAUGGACGUUACAGAAGAUGAAGAGGAAGAAAUCAAAUUAGAAAUAAAUGUAUUAAAACGGUAUUCCAAUCACAGAAAUAUAGCAACAUAUUAUGGUGCCUUCGUGAAGAAGUCAUCGCCUGGAAAGGAUGAUCAGUUAUGGUUGGUUAUGGAGUAUUGCGGAGCUGGCUCCGUUACGGAUCUUGUCAAGUCAACAAAGGGCCAGAGUUUGAAAGAAGAAUGGAUUGCUUAUAUAUCAAGGGAGAUAUUGAGGGGACUUAGUUAUCUUCACAGCAAUAAAGUUAUUCACAGGGAUAUCAAAGGCCAAAAUGUUCUGUUAACCGACAAUGCUGAAGUUAAGCUAGUUGAUUUUGGUGUCAGUGCACAGUUAGACAGAACAAUAGGUAGAAGAAAUACAUUUAUUGGAACGCCAUAUUGGAUGGCUCCAGAAGUAAUAGCAUGUGAUGAAAACCCUGAUGCCACAUAUGACAAUAGAAGUGAUCUUUGGUCACUCGGUAUUACUGCUUUGGAAAUGGCUGAAUCGCAACCUCCACUUUGUGAUCUUCAUCCAAUGCGGGCCCUGUUUUUGAUUCCACGUAACCCACCACCAAGACUGAAGUCGAAAAAAUGGGCGAAGAAAUUCCAUAGUUUUAUCGAAACAGUGUUAGUAAAAGAUUAUCAUCAACGACCGUAUACGGAACAGCUUCUUAAACAUCCGUUUAUCCGGGACCAACCGACUGAGCGACAAGUGAGGAUACAGCUUAAAGACCAUAUCGAUCGCUGUAAAAAACGUAAACAAGAAAAAGAAAGGGACGAUUAUCGAUACAGUGGUAGUGAAAAUGAGGAGGAUGAGCCAGCAUUGGCUGGCGAACCGUCAUCCAUUGUUCAAGCUCCUGGUGGCGAUACGUUGCGUAGAAAUUUCCAACAAAUUCAGGAAGGUAGGACUCUAACUCAAGACGUAGCUCCUCAACCACCUGCCGCUAAAGAAAAACCGAGUGGCAGAUCUCAAAGAGACAUACCAGAGCCAGGGCCGCCUGCACGACCUGCCAUUCCUCACAGACUAAUCGUAGUUCCAGAUCCGCAACCACCGUCACGACCAUUACCACCGACGCCUAGAGACGAUCCACGACAACCACAUAAAGUUUCCACGCCACCUUCCAAUCAUCAGCCACCCGUCGCUGGUAGCGGUAGUGGAAGCUCUGGCGGUCAAUCUGCCUCUCAAAGAAACAGUCACGUGUUCAAACCUAUGCUGCCGCCAAGGAGGCCGGAGGACUUGGACAUGCUGGCCGCUCAACUCAACGAGCUUGGUGUGUCACAGGGCCCAGAGGCCCCGCCAAGGCCGAACAGACAGCAUAAGGGCCCUGCUGCAUCGUCAACAUCGAAUUCUGUUCAGCUGGCAAGCAGUAACGAUCAGAACAACAAACAGAUGCCGCAAUCCUCUAGUAUUCUUGAUCAAGCUUUGUCUGUUGAAAGUGAUAGCGAUGACGAUCUUGAAGAUGCAGGAGGAAACAACGUGAGGAACGAUGGAACUCUACUCGCGAGCGACCCACCGAAACCUUUACCCGAAUUUUCUCCUUUCAGACCAUCUACAGAUCCAUCGUCGAUGUCCUCACAUAAUGCCCAGAACUCACAUCAUCAAGGUAAGACCAAAGGCGGUGCACCAAAUCGACCACUUCCGCCAACGCCUGACGAGGAAGAAUCAGAUCGUACACUAGUCAUGAAACGGAAACUUAGUCAGAUGUCAGACGAUCGCGCUACGGCUAGCAGCAACCGGCGCUCCGAGGCAGACGAGCAGCUACUCCUGAAGGAGUGGGAUUUCACCCGCUUCUUCCAGGGUUUUAACGAAAGGUUGGAUAAGAUGAAACAACAAGAACACCCACAAGAAACGCCCGACACGAAUAAGUCUGGUAGCGAGGAUCUUUCUUCGUCGUCUACCGAGAGAACCUUGAAGAGACAGCAGCAGUUGUCACGUAGGAAGUACGAAAAUCAGCAACAACAGCAACAUCAUCAGAAACAACAACAACAACAACAACAACAACAACAACAGCAGCAGCAGCAGUUAAAACCGGUGCAUAGACGACAAGAAAGCGACUCGAAGCUUGGCAAUACGUCCAGCGCUUUUGCACGUGCUUUCCGCCGUGAGAAUUCCGAUUUUUUUCCAUCCGCAAGACACUCUGCGUAUUUACAGAAGUCGGAUUCCUCAAGGUCGAGUAUAUUCGCAAGCGGUAAUCGGCGCGGAAGCGAGAUAAGUGUUGCUGGCAUUGCUGGUAAAAAGGGCAAUGCUGUCAGUACCGGUGAACCGGUACUCACAGACUUUUCAUUCGACCGUGACGGUCUUCAAAGGCCUAGAAGAGAAAAGACAGAGAGCGAGAUCGUUUUCGGUAGUAGACACGAGGCCAGAAGGUUCGACUUUGGACGCGAUAAAGACGACACUACGAGGAGACGCAGUUGUAGACCAUCAGAUGCGGUCUCUGCCGCUGUUGACGAAGCAGGAACUAUAAAAUCUACGGCCAGUACAACGGCUAGCGAGUACAGCCCCAUUGUCACUCAGAACCGAGAAGGUGGUGAUCGGUCAAGAGGAGGCGGAGGUGACUUCCAGAGAUCGGACUCGUCCCCUGGAUCACGACCAAGCUCUGUCCUACCUGAUCUUCUCACCUCAUCUCCGAGUCAACGACAGGACAAAUCAACCAGCGAGGAGUAUCGGCAAGCUGUUAAAUCACCACCUCCGUUUGCGCUUCAACAGAAGCAGAGGUCUUUCCUGACAUUUGGAUUCGGCGCUGGACCAGCCAGGAGGGAGUCUCACGUGAACGUUAACGUAACACCGACCAGUCACGAUUUAGCCUCUGAUACGCCUGAAAUACGCAAAUAUAAAAAACGUUUUAACAGCGAGAUACUUUGCGCUGCAUUAUGGGGAGUAAAUCUGUUGAUUGGCACCGAGAAUGGCCUUAUGCUGUUAGAUAGAAGUGGUCAGGGUAAAGUGUAUCAACUGAUCAGCAGAAGACGAUUCCAACAAAUGGAAGUCCUCGAAGGUCAAAACAUUUUGGUCACAAUUAGCGGAAAGAAGAAUCGAGUACGAGUGUACUAUCUUUCCUGGCUCAAGAGUAAGAUUCUACGAACCGACGGACACAGCGACCAAGUGGAACGACGCAACGGUUGGAUCAACGUUGGUGAUCUUCAAGGGGCGGUGCAUUUCAAAAUAGUCAAAUACGAGAGAAUAAAGUUUCUCGUUAUCGCGCUGAAGGAUUCCAUAGAAAUUUAUGCAUGGGCGCCGAAGCCUUACCACAAAUUCAUGGCUUUCAAGUCGUUCGGCGAGCUCGCGCACAGGCCACUUCUCGUAGAUCUUACCAUAGAAGAAGGCACAAGAUUGAAAGUGAUCUACGGUAGCGCCGAUGGCUUUCACGCUGUUGAUUUGGACUCGGCUACGGUUUACGAUAUUUAUCUACCAAAACAUACUCAGGGUCCUAUUUGUCCACAUUGCAUUGUCGCAUUACCCAACAGUAAUGGAAUGCAGUUACUGUUGUGUUAUGAUAACGAAGGUGUAUAUGUGAACACUUACGGUAGAGUAUCCAAGACGAUGGUCCUUCAAUGGGGUGAAAUGCCUACGAGUGUUGCUUAUAUCGGCACAGGACAAAUUAUGGGCUGGGGCAAUAAGGCGAUCGAGAUUAGGAGCGUAGAAAGUGGUCACCUCGACGGUGUAUUCAUGCACAAGAAAGCUCAACGGCUCAAGUUCCUUUGCGAGCGUAAUGAUAAGGUAUUUUUCUCGUCAGCAAAAGGCGGAAGUUCGUGCCAGAUUUACUUCAUGACAUUAAAUAAACCUGGCAUGGCUAACUGGUGAUCCCGAAUGAGGCCAAAUCUGGCCCCAACAUUAUCUUCGCGUAUAACGAUACAAAAUCUAUCGCGUGUAUCAGGAUAUUUAUCUUCGAUAUUCAUGUUAACUCGUUUUUCACUGCCAAGAUUAAACAACGCCAUGGAAGACAGAAAAUGUUUGCAGCGCAGUCAAUAUCAUUCUCAAUUUUAUUAUAAUCGUCGUCGUCUUCGCCGUCAUUAUCGCCAUCAUCGCCACCAUCAACGUCAUCGACACCACCACCAUCAUCGUCAUCGCCACCGUCAUCGACAUCGACACUGUCAUCGUUAUCGUCGUCGACAUCAUCAUCAGUGCCACCACCGUCACCAUCACGACCGUCAUCGUUCACCUCAGCGAGACCAUUACGGUCGAUAUCACUGUUUUUGCUCGAGUAAUUGCACAUCAAUUCAGGGAAAUGAAACCUACCGCGAGGUAUACCUAAAGAGUUUUCAGUUGUUUUUCCAGAGUACACGAGGGACGCUAAUAUUUGUAAAUCUUCUUGUAAAGAAAUUUCUGCGCUUUUUUAACCGAUUAUCUUUCGUAAUACGGCUUAGCGUAUGAGAGCACACGUAGAUUUUUUUAUAAGAUGGUUCCUUCCUCACACCUAUGUCCCUUUACAUAAAAGAGAGUAGGAACAAAGUACAUGCACAAAAUUCAUUUACACUUUUUGUGAUAAGAUUCGUUACUAUUUUUAUCAUUGUCUGAGUAUCUUCAACGCUAUCAAUUUCAAGCUUCAUCUUGGAAGUACCGUCAAUUUCGAAAGAAAGCAGAAGAAAACU